AUGGAACCAGAACUUCGCUGCUGUCUUCUGGAUCUCAGAGAGCAGAGGGAAUCUGCCCAGUUCUGCUCUACAGCCAAGAUUCGGGGCAUUUCUGUGAAUUCCCAAGAUGUUUUUGCAGAAUUCAAGCAUGUUUUUUAUCUGGAUGAGGUCAGUGGAGUCUGCUCUACCUCGUCGUGCCACUACAGCGGCGUAGCUGCCGGGAAGCUGCCCAGCUCUCUCCUCACGGUCCGGAUGUGUCUUCUGAGGGCUGUUCAGGGUCGAUGCCUUGAUAGUUUUUGCAAACAGUCUCAUGCCCUCUCGGUGGAUGUGGAUAUGGUCGUAGAGAUGCUGAUGUGUGAUUUGCUGAUGGUUGGUUAUGUGGACAUUCGUGUAAGAUCAGGCUCACAUGUGUCCAGCUCUGUGUCUGUGAAGAGUGACCGGUCAAAAGAUGUACCUCCGAGAUUCAGUGAGAAAAAAACAUCAUCUACCAAAAGUGUAAGAUCAGGCUCACAUGUGUUCAGCUCUGUGUCUGUGAAGAGUGACUGGUCACCGACCUUCAGUGAGAAAAAAACAUCUACCAAAAGGGUUCAAUAUGAGACAUUAGAUUCAGACGUCCAGACUCACAGGAACUACAAGAAUUUCAAAGAAAAUCUCCUGAGGAUCUUCCAGGAUCUUGAAAGCAAAAUAAUCACAUUUCUGAAGAAUGAGCUGGAAAAGUUUAAGAAAAUAUUACAAAAAGAAGACAUACAAUGCUUUGUGAAGGAUUUUAAUGAGAACAGAUGCAGUAUCAAAGAAGCAGCUCUUGAUCUCACACUCUACUUCCUGAGAGAGAUGAAGCAAGAUGAAGCUGCUGAUACUCUAGAAGAUGAGCUGGUCUUCAUUCAUCAGCUAAAAUGUAGCCUAAAGAAGAAGUAUCAAUGUGUGUUUGAAGGAAUUGCAAAGCAAGGUGACUCUACACUUCUGAAUAACAUCUACACAGAUCUCUAUAUCACUCAGGGUUGUAGUGAACAGGUCAAUACUGAACAUGAGGUAAGACAGAUUGAAGUUGCUUCCAGACGUCAUGAAUCACAGGAGAUACAAGUUGAGUGCAAACAUUUGUUUGAAGCACCAGAUCAAGACAAGCAGAUCAGAACUGUACUGACAAAAGGAGUUGCUGGCAUCGGAAAAUCAGUCUCUGUGCAGAAGUUUGUUCUGGAUUGGGCCGAAGGAAAAGAAAAUCAAGAUAUCAGCUUCAUAUUUCCUCUUCCAUUCAGAGAGAUGAACUUAAAGGAGAAAGAAAAACAAAGUUUGAUGGACCUUAUAACUCAGUUUUUCCCAGAGACAAAAGGACUGAACCUUACAAGAAGUAAUCAAUUCAAAGUCUUGUUAAUCCUUGAUGGACUGGAUGAAUGUCGACUUCCUGUAAACUUUGACGAUAAUGAGACGUGGUGUGAUGUAUCAUCACCAGCCUCUCUGGAUGUUCUCCUAACAAACCUCAUCAAGGGAAAUCUGCUUCCUUCUGCUCUCAUCUGGAUCACCACCAGACCAGCAGCUGCCAGUAAGAUUCCUCCUGACUGUAUCGACCGGCUGACAGAGAUACGAGGAUUCAAUGAUGCACAAAAGGAGGAGUACUUCAGAAAAAAAAUUAUGGAUGAGAAUCUGGCCAAAGAAAUCAUUGAUCAUGUUAAACAAUCAAAGAGUCUCUUUAUCAUGUGCCACAUCCCAGUCUUCUGCUGGAUUUCAGCCACUGUUCUCCAGAACAUUUUAGAGAAGAAAAUAAAUAAUGUUGUGAAAAACAAUCAGGCUGAUGAUGCCUCCAAAACACUGCGUGAGUCAAAUACUGCAGACACUCCUAAGACUCUGACACAAAUGUACACACACUUUCUCAGAUUUCAGAUCCAGCAAAGCAGACGAAAGUAUGAUGGAGAAUAUACACCAGAUGUUUCCUGGGAUAAAGAUGCCAUCUUUUCAUUGGGAAAACUGGCAUUUCAUCAGCUGGAAAGAAACAAUGUGAUCUUCUAUGAGACCGAUCUGGAAGCCUGUGGUAUUGACGUCUAUAAGGCAUCAGUGUACUCAGGCAUGUGUACCCAGAUCUUUAAAGAGGAAACGGGGAUCGUCCUUGGUACCAUGUACUGCUUCGUUCACUUGAGCAUUCAAGAGUUUAUUGCAGGCCUUUAUGCACAUCUGUUUCUAGACAUCAACAAGAAAUAUGUAUUUGCUCAAGACUCUACAGAACAUGAAAACAAAAGUGAAAACAUGAUUGAUUUGCUCAAGACUGCAGUGGACAAGGCACUCGAGAGUGAUAAUGGACACCUGGAUCUCUUUCUUCGAUUCCUCCUUGGUUUGUCACUCCAGUCCAAUCAGAAACUCUUACAGGGUCUGUUGACACAGCAAAAUGGAAAUGACCAGAGCAAAAAGGAAAUAGUUCAGUACAUCAAGCAGAAAUUAGAAGCUAAUCUGUCUCCAGAGAGAUCCAUCAAUCUAUUCUACUGUCUGAAUGAACUGAACGACCAAACUCUGGUGAAAGAGAUUCAGACCCACCUUAGCAAAGGAAGUCUAUCAUCUGCUGAUCUUUCACCUGCCCAGUGGUCUGCUUUGGCCUUUGUGUUGACAUCAGAGGAGGAGCUGGAGGAGUUUGAGCUUCAGAAAUUCAAGAAAUCAGACGAGUGUCUCAUUAGAUUAUCAGCAGUCAUCAGAACCUCCAAAAGAGCUCUGCUAAAUGAUUGUGGCUUAACAGACAAAAGCUGUUCAGCUCUGGCUACAGUUCUUGGAUCAGAUUCCAGUCUCAAAGAGCUGAACAUGAGCAAUAAUAAUCUGCAGGAUUCAGGAGUGAAGCUGCUCUGCACUGGAAUGGAAAAUAUGAAGUGUCAUUUGGAGAUACUGAGACUUUCAGACUGCAGUAUCACUGAAGAAGGUUAUAAAGCUCUGUCUUCAGCUCUGAGAUCCAACCCUUCACACCUGAUAGAGCUGGAUCUCACAGGAAAUGAUCCUGGACAAUCAGGAGUGAAGCAGCUCAGUGAUUUACUACAGGAUCCAAACUGUCAACUGAAGACACUGAGGUUUUUGGGUCCUGCUGCCGAUGAAGCCUGUCAGUAUGUGACUGGAAUUGUGGGUAAAAACCUGUUACUCCUGAGAGAGCUGAAUCUGAGUGAACAUGAACUAGGAGACACAGGAGUGAAUCAGAUCGCUGCUCUACUGCAGGAUAAACACUGUAAACUCAACACACUGCUACUUUCAGACUGCAGUAUCACUGAAGAAGGUUAUAAAGCUCUGUCUUCAGCUCUGAGAUCAAACCCUUCACACCUGAUAGAGCUGGAUCUCACAGGAAAUGAUCCUGGACAAUCAGGAGUGAAGGAGCUCAGUGAUUUACUACAGGAUCCAAACUGUCAACUGAAGACACUGAGGUUAAGCAGCUGUGAAAUGACAGAUGAAGGUUGUUCUGCUGUGACUUCAGCUCUGAAAUCAAACCCAUCACACCUGAGAGAGCUGCACCUGAGCAGAAAUAAACUCGGAGACUCUGGAGUGAAAAACCUCAGUGAUCUACUGAUGAACACACGAUGCAAGCUGGAGAAACUAGAUCUGCGUGUUUGCAGUAUUACAGAGGAACAGUGUCUCAUCCUGACUUCAGCUCUGAAAUCAAACCCAUCACACCUGAGAGAACUGAACCUGAGCGGGAAUCAAAUAAAAAACACAGGAGUGAAUCACUUAUGUGACGUACUGAAGGAUUCACACUGUAAACUGGAGAGACUGAGGUUAAGCAGCUGUGAAAUGACAGAUGAAGGUUGUUCUGCUGUGACUUCAGCUCUGAAAUCGAACCCAUCACACAUGAGAGAACUGAAGCUGAGCAGGAAUGAACUAGGAGACUCUGGAGUGAAAAACCUCAGUGAUCUACUGAUGAACACACAAUUCAAGCUGGAGAAACUAGAUCUGUGGAGAUGCAGUAUUACAGAGAAACAGUGUCUCAUCCUGACUUCAGCUCUGAAAUCAAACCCAUCACACCUGAGAGAACUGAACCUGAGUGAGAAUCAAAUAAAAAACACAGGAGUGAAUCACUUAUGUGACGUACUGAAGGAUUCACACUGUAAACUGGAGAGAUUGAGUCUUUAUGACUGUGGCAUUACAGAUGUUUCUUCUUUAACUCGGUCUUUGACAAACACAAAAGCACUGCAGUUUCUAAAAGAGCUUUAUCUGAGAGACAAUAUGAUUGGAGACUCAAAGCAGAAGCUCAUUGAUGCGCUACGAGACUCAAACUGUAAACUGAGUGUAGAUAGAGAUCCAUCAUCAGAAAAACCUGAUCAAUCACAAGAAAUACCUGAUAGAGUUAAAUCACCAAAAGAUGAUAAAUGCUGUAUAUCAUAAUUUGAAGUCGUCUUGAGAGGAG